GAGGAGAAGAAAGUGAAGUUGGCGGUAAUUGAGUUCACUGAUUAUGCUAUUAUUUGGUGGGAUCAAUUAGUGACCAAUAGGAGAAGGAAUUAUGAGAGGCCUAUAGAGACAUGGGGAGAGUUGAAAGCUCUCAUGAGGCGGAGAUUUGUUCCUAGCCAUUACUAUAGAGACCUUUUUCAGAAAUUACAAAAUCUUACACAGGGGUCUAGGAGUGUGGAGGAUUACCAUAAGGAGAUGGAGGUGGCGAUGAUUCGGGCUAAUGUAGAGGAGGACCGAGAGGCCACCAUGGCUAGAUUUUUGAGUGGGUUGAAUAGGGACAUAGCCAAUGUAAUUGAAUUGCAGCAUUAUGUGGAGAUAGAGGACAUGGUGCACAUGGCUAUGAAGGUGGAGAGGCAAUUAAAGAGAAAAGGGACAGCAAGGUACACUACGGUUUCUAGCACUACUUGGAAAUCAAAAUGGGAUAGGAAUGAUCCAGCUGAAGCAAAGAGAAAGACCGAACCACCUAAGGGAAAAGAUGAGGGAACUAGCAACAAACCCAAGGUAGAAUCCCAACCUUCACGGAAUAGAGAUAUCAAAUGUUUUAAGUGUUUGGGUUCAGGGCACAUUGCUUCUCAAUGUCCAAAUAGGAGGGUGAUGAUUAUGCGUGACAAUGGGGAGGUGAUGACUGAGAGUGAAGAUGAUAGUGAUGAGGUGCCCGAGUUGGAUGAUGCUAGUGAUGAUGAUGGAGUGGUAUACCCUGUGACAGGUGAGUCUCUUGUUGCCAGGCGUGCUCUUAAUGCACACAUUAAGGUGGAUGAUGCAGAGCAACAGAGAGAGAACAUUUUCCAUACUAGAUGCCAUGUCAACAAUAAGGUAUGUAGUAUGAUCAUUGAUGGAGGGAGUUGUACUAAUGUGGCUAGCACUACUUUGGUUGAGAAAUUGAAUUUACCAACCUUAAAACACUCUAGACCAUACAAAUUGCAGUGGUUGAAUGAUUGUGGAGAGGUUAGGGUGGAUAAACAAGUGUUAGUUACUUUUUCUAUUGGGAAGUAUCAAGAUGAGGUGCUUUGUGAUGUUGUGCCUAUGCAUGCGGGCCAUAUUUUGUUGGGGAGGCCGUGGCAGUAUGAUAGGAGAGAGUUUGAGGAUGUAUUCCCGGAGGAGAUGCCGAAUGAGUUGCCACCCAUUAGAGGCAUUGAGCACCAGAUUGAUUUUGUGCCCGGGGCUGCUAUUCCAAACCGACCAGCCUAUAGGAGUAAUCCAGAGGAGACAAAGGAGCUUCAGAGGCAAGUUGAGGAUUUGAUGAGCAAGGGGUACGUGAGGGAGAGCAUGAGCCCUUGUGCAGUACCAGUGCUACUAGUGCCAAAGAAGGAUGGGACGUGGAGGUACGUUGUUAGUACAAAGGGUAUUGAGGUGGAUGAAGAGAAAGUCAAGGCCAUCAAGGAGUGGCCAACGCCAAAAAGCAUCACUGAGGUAAGAAGCUUUCAUGGGCUAGCUAGCUUUUAUCGGCGUUUUGUUAAAGACUUCAGCACCAUUGCUGCACCACUCACUGAGGUAAUUAAAAAGAAUGUUGGGUUUCAUUGGGGGGCUAAUCAAGAGAAUGCUUUUGCCACUAUUAAAGAAAGGUUGUGCUCUGCACCUGUGUUAGCAUUACCUGAUUUUAACAAAGCUUUUGAGAUUGAAUGUGAUGCCUCAGGAAUAGGGAUUGGAGCCGUUUUGAUGCAGGAUAGGCGGCCCAUAGCCUUCUUCAGUGAAAAGUUAAGUGGGGCAUCCCUGAAGUACCCUACUUAUGACAAAGAGCUUUAUGCUCUUGUUCGUGCAUUAGAGACUUGGCAGCACUACCUAUGGCCAAGGGAAUUUGUGAUCCACACCGAUCAUGAAUCAUUGAAGCAUCUCAAGGGUCAAGGUAAGUUGAAUAAAAGGCAUGCUAGAUGGAUGGAAUACAUUGAGACCUUUCCCUAUGUCAUCCGUUACAAGCAAGGUAAGGAGAACAUUGUUGCUGAUGCUCUAUCCCGGAGGUAUCAUGAUGGUUAUUUGUUUAAAGAAAGCAAACUUUGUCUGCCAAAUUGUUCUAUGCGUGAGUUAUUGGUGCGUGAGGCACAUGGUGGGGGGUUAAUGGGACACUUUGGUGUCAAGAAAACUUUAGACAUUUUGCAUGAACAUUUCUUUUGGCCUAAGAUGAAGAGAGAUGUUAACCGUAUUUGUGGAAGAUGCAUUACAUGUAGAAAGGCCAAAUCUAAGGUUUUGCCACAUGGGUUGUAUACACCCUUACCCGUUCCUAGUGAGCCAUGGGUCGACAUAUCUAUGGACUUUGUUUUGGGGCUGCCUAGGACCAAAAGGGGUAGAGAUUCUAUUUUUGUUGUUGUGGAUAGAUUCAGUAAGAUGGCACAUUUCAUUCCAUGCCAUAAAACAGAUGAUGCAACAAAUAUAGCUGACUUGUUUUUCAGGGAGAUAGUGCGACUCCAUGGUGUACCUAGGAGUAUUGUUUCUGAUAGGGAUGUUAAAUUCCUUAGCUACUUUUGGAAGGUGUUGUGGGGGAAAUUGGGUACUAAGCUCUUAUUUUCCACUACUUGUCAUCCACAGACUGAUGGUCAGACUGAAGUAGUUAAUAGGACUUUAACUCAGCUUUUACGCACUGUUGUUCAUAAGAAUUUAAAAACUUGGGAGGAUUGUUUGCCAUUUAUAGAGUUUGCAUAUAAUAGGACGAUGCAUACUACUACUUCAUACUCUCCUUUUGAAAUUGUUUAUGGAUUUAAUCCACUUACUCCUUUGGAUUUGAUGCCUUUACCUGUUGAUGACAGGAAUUGGGUUUGGGUUCACAUGCGCAAAGAAAGAUUCCCAGCCCAUAGAAGGACUAAGUUGCAUCCUCGAGGAGAUGGACCUUUCCAAAUUCUUGAGAAAAUUAAUGACAAUGCAUAUAAAGUGGAUCUUCCAGGUGAGUAUAAAGUUUCUGCAACUUUCAAUGUUUCUGAUCUUUCUCCUUUUGAUGUAGGUGAAGAUUCGAGGUCGAAUCCUUUUGAGGAGAGGGGGAAUGAUAGGAACCAAGGUGGGCCUACUCUUAAAGAUCCUUUGCAAGUUCCAGAUGGGCCAAUUACAAGAUCAAGGGCCAAGAAGAUCAAGGAAGCAAUGCAAGGAUUGCGGGACUUAGCCUUGGGACUUUUGAAGCUUGCUAUCAAACUUAAGCGUACUAAGGUGGCUUUACGUGCUUGGAAUACAAAUAUUUUUGGGGGAGUGGGUGAUCACUUAAAAGCUCUUGAGGAACGUAUGGAAUUUCUGGAAAACCAAUUACAAGGUGGUUUUUCGGAGGAAGCUGAGCGGAAAAGAGGUCUGAUAUCUAGGAUGGUGCUCGAAAAUGGAAGAAUUCUUGAGGGGGCCGAUAUUGUUCAUAAAGAAGUUGCUGAUUUCUUUCAUAAUUUUCUCUCUAAGAACUCGAGUGUUGAGGAGUGUGACCUCUCAGAUUUGAUUCAAAAUCAAAUAUCUGAGGAAGCAAAUUUAUUCCAUUGCGCUGAACCUUCAGAGGAUGAGUGUGUGGAAUCCCCGUGGUUUUCUGUUAUGAUGAAUGGGACUGUGUCUGGUUAUUUUAAAUCGACUUGGGGUCUGUGUCAAGGGGACCCUCUUUCUCCUCUUUUAUUCAUUAUCAUGGAGGAAGUUCUGACAAGAUUACUCAAAAAGAAUUUUAAUUCUGGGCGUAUUCAAAAAUUCUAUCAUCCAGUUGGUGCCCCUCUAGUAUCUCAUUUACUCAAUGUAGAUGAUAUCCUUAGUUUUGCAAAUGGGAAUAAGAGGUCUAUGAAAAUCCUUGUUUACAACACUCUUGAGACUUAUGAGAAGUGGUCGGGACAAAUUAUUAGUAAGGAUAAAUCUGCUUUGUUUAUGUCGAAGCAUAUUUCCUUAAUCUGUAAGCGUGGUUUAUUGAGAAUUACUGGUUUUAAGGAGGGCAUAUUUCUUGCUAUGUAUUUGGGGGCACCAUUGGUUUCAGGCAGAUUAACGUAUAGUAUCAUGGAGCCAUUAAUUGCGAAGAUAAUGAAGAAAAUCGCAGGCUAG